CCACUCUGCUUGGGUAAAUGGUAAGAGAAUGAAAAGGUGAAGGAGGAUCUAGAAGAGCUCUGCACAGAAGCAGAAUUAGCAAGUCAUGAGUUAUCACGUGGCUUUUCUCAGACUGAAAGGCUCUGUUGAUUCGAUUUAUUCAUUAGGGCUUUCCAGGAGCGUAGGUUAUUAAGUGGGAGAAAGUGGGGUAUGUUACAACUUACUUUUAUAUUUCCUUUCCCGGAGGAUAUUUAGCACCACAGAAGCAGAGAAAAUUAUUGAAAGUAUCAUGCCACAUAAAUGGGAGAAUGAUAGGAAAAAGAGCAGCAGCUCUCUGAAGAUGGAUCAGAAGAACAGUGCUGGGAACAGGAAGUCCAGAAAGUUUCGCUCCAUUUCAAGAUCACUUAUACUCUGCAAUGCCAAAACCAGCGACGAUGGGUCAAGUCCUGAUGAGAAAUGUCCUGAUCCCUUUGAGAGCUCUACCAACUGGGCUCAAGAGGAUUUUGACUGCUGUCCCAGAACACAGCUGCCAUGCACAUCAGAGGCAGAGGACAGCCCACCUGAUCCUCCACGUGUGGUCACCAGCAUUCUCCAGUCCAAAGCUGCAGCAAAUGAGAACCGCAACAACACGAGAAGAAAGUUCCUCACCAAGGACAGCUGCAUCUGCAGGCUGUGUUCAACACCAGGGAACAGCAGCUCAGGAAUCAAACUCUCCAGGAGCCCAAGAUGUGCAUCUUUCUGGAAAGGGUUAACAGGCAGCCACGUGCCUGCUGAAGGCCCAGCAAACAGGGAUGGUUGCCUGAGCCCAAGGGAUGAACUGUUAACACUAAAUGUACAAUCACUGAAAGACCUGUCCAGAAAGGAGGCUGAGUCUCUCAUUCCCCCAACAACACAGCUGGUGAACACGAUGAUGGCUCACAAAGAAACACCAACACGUAAGGAAAGGCCUUUGGAAAUACAGAAUGGUUUUCUGCACGGUGCGCGCCCGCUCUGGGCCGGGGCUGCGGAGGGCCCGGCGCCCCUCAGGGACCACCAGCCCCACGCCCUCCUGGCCAGCCGAAAAUCACUGUCACAGCAGCUGGACUGCCCUGCAGGGAGAGCCCCGGCAAUUUCGAGGACAUCUAGAUCCCUAAGUACAGCACAACUAGUGCACACAUCCUGUGGCUCACAGGCUUCUGUAAUUUCAAACAUUGUAUUGAUGAAAGGACAAGGGAAGGGUUUGGGCUUCAGUAUCGUUGGUGGUAAAGACAGCAUUUAUGGACCAAUAGGCAUCUAUGUCAAAACCAUCUUUCCUGGUGGAGCUGCUGCUGCUGAUGGAAGGCUACAAGAAGGUGAUGAAAUCCUGGAACUGAAUGGAGAAUCCAUGCAUGGAUUAACACAUUAUGAUGCUUUACAGAAAUUUAAGGUUAUGUACUCUCCUUCCAGAACAACCUCUGGUUUUAGACAUAAUGUGCAUGUGAGCUCAACCCAUUCACUCCCUGUGUGUUCUUUCCAGCAGGCUAAAAAGGGUCUUCUGACACUUACAGUCAGGACAAGCUUCAGCACACCUCAUUUUGCUUCCAGCUGUCAGUCACCCCUCCUGUGUCAGUCACUGAGCUCCAGUACAUGCAUAACCAAGGAAAACAGCUCGUUCAGUUCAGAAAAUGCAGAAUUCUCCUUAAAUCCUACAAAGCCCAAUGACAGGGUCAUAAUGGAAGUUACCCUAAACAAAGAGCCAGGUGUUGGCCUUGGAAUUGGGUUAUGUAGCAUCCCUUACUUCCAGUGUAUUUCAGGGAUCUUUAUUCACACCCUCUCGCCAGGCUCAGUGGCACAUAUGGAUGGGAGACUAAGGUGUGGAGAUGAAAUUCUUGAAAUUAACGAAACUUCAGUACAAAAUACAACCCUUAAUGAAGUUUAUGCUGUGCUGAGCCAUUGUGAUCCUGGUGCAGUACAAAUCAUUGUUAGCAGACACCCUGAACCACAGGUGUCUGAGCAACAGCUAAAAGAAGCUGUUGCACAAGCUGUGGAAGGCAACAGAUUUGGAAAGGAGAGACACCAGUGGAGUACUGAAGGUGUUAGGAGGCUGGAAACGAGCUGGCACGGGCGGCAGCCCUGUGAGAAGCACAUGGACAGGAGCACGGGCUGCUGCAGCCGCCGCGCACAGCGGCUCAUGACCCGCUCCAGCAGCGACAGCAGCUACAACGCCCGGGCCUCCUGUGCCACUGCUGCUGUGCACCAGCUCACGGACCUGAAAGCAAGAGUACACAGCGUGGAUGUACCAAUCACCCAGCAGCCUGGGCUGCUCUACUCAUUUUCUGCCAGUAAUUCAGAGAGAAAUUCCCCUCCCACCUGUAGUGAAGGUGGUCGAAUCUUGCAAAACACUAAGAAGUCAUCAGAGAUCCUUGUUAGAAAACCUAAAUCAUCAAAGCCCAAACCUCCACCAAGGAAAUACUUCAAGCAGGACUGCAUGUGUGACGACCAGAGUAAUGCAGACAGAAAAGAAAAGCUUGUAUCAGAAGUGGCUGCCUCAUCUUCUGCAAGUGUGCGGCAGGAAGCUGGAGGAGCAAUGCUAGAGGGACAUCAAACCGAUGUAACCCACAGUGUCUUCACCACUUCUGCUACUGCAUAUGAUAAGGAACACACAGCUGCUGCUCCAGCGGGCAGAGAUCAAGAAAGAAAAGAAAAAUUAGGGAAUCCAUUUUCAUCAAUACAAAGGCCUGUACUUAAAAGACAAGCACGGGUAGAUUAUAGUCUUGAUACAACAGAAGACCCCUGGGUUAAAAUUUCUGACUGCAUAAAAAGCUUAUUUAACCCUACCAUGAGUGAAAACAACGUCCACUUAGAUUUGCAACCUGGCAUAGAUAAAAAAAAAGAGAAUCAAAAUCGAAGCAGCUCAGAGACAGUUCUGAAGAAAUCAGAAUCAGAAUUAGUUGGUUCCAAAGUACAAAAAUCAGAUGAAAAUGACAGUGUGAAAAAGGGUCCUCCUGUUGCACCAAAGCCCACCUGGUUCCGCCAAAGUCUGAAAGGAUUGAGGAAAGCAAAUUCAGAUCUAAAACCACAGGCAGAUCAAAGUCCUCCCAACCAUAACAGCAUUUCCAGCAAAAAACUGCAAUCCAGUUUAUCACGCGUGUCUCCUGGAGGAUCAUCAAUAAAGCAAAGAAUAAGCUCAUUUGAAUCCUUGAGUGCUCCACAGUCACCUGAAAAAACCCCCCGAAGGCUGAGCCUAAAACCAUCGGUGCAGAAAGAACCUUCUCGCCCUGCAGCAGGGGCAGAGGCAGCUCCAGCCUGUUCAAACCAACACUUCCUCCCACAUCAUGAAAACAGCCACCAACAGCCACCUGUGGCCAUGGCUACAAAGAGCCUGGAUAGAUCUUCCUCUCGCAGGGAGAGUACUGCCAGGCCAGAGAAAACCAGCUCAGAGAAAAGCAGCAAUGACAGCACUGAACAUCCAUCAAGUCUCUUGGCUCCAGGAGCCGUUAAUUCCCACCUUGUGUCUGUAGCAAAAGCGCACAGCCUAAGGUCACGAAGCUUCCCUCUCACUGCUGCCCAGGCUUGUGAGAUAAUGAAGCCCUAUGAUGAGAAGUGUAGCAAAAUCUAUUCCAUCAGCAGCCAGGUGUCAUCUGCUUUAAUGAAAUCUUUGCUUUGCCUUCCUCAGUCCCCAGCCUCUUCUGGAAACAGUGCAUGGGAAGCUCUGGACACAGUGUCUCAGUCCUCCAUGGAGGAGGAUGGGGCUUCCACCUCACCUGCGAGUGAGAACCAUCACCUGGAUACUGGGUUUUCACUAAACCUCUCGGAGCUGAGAGAAUACACGGUGAGCCUGGCAGACAAAGGGAAGGAGGAAGACAAACAGGAACAGGGCUCACCUCAAGCAUCUGGUGUGUUGGGGCAGUCAGUCAUCUCUCUGCUUUCCCCCGAGGAGCUGGUAAAACUUAUAGAGGAAGUCAAAGCUCUAGACGAAGAAACCUUAAAGGAACUUGAUGAUAUUCAUGUUACAGUUUUGCAUAAAGAAGAAGACACUGGACUUGGAUUCAGCCUGGCAGGGGGCAUUGAUCUAGAAAACAAAGUGGUAACAGUUCACAAAGUAUUUCCCAAUGGACUGGCCUGUCAGGAAGGAACAAUUCAGAAAGGAGAUGAAGUACUCUCCAUUAAUGGGAAGUCUCUGAAAGGUGCAACUCACAGUGAUGCCUCAGCAAUCAUGCGACAGGCCCGGCAAGCCAGACAAGCUGUUGUUGUCAUCAGAAAAUCCAAAGAUGGAGCAAAAAAUCUCAAUGUUUCAAUCAGCUCUAGCACAUCAUCAGUAGCAAGUGAUGCCUCACAAGAGUCUGCCACCGGAGAUACAAUCUGCACUGUAACUCUAGAAAAAACAUCUGCUGGUUUAGGAUUCAGUCUGGAAGGAGGGAAAGGCUCUAUUCAGGGAGACAAACCCAUCAUUAUCAACAGGAUAUUUAAAGGGACUGCACUGGAACAGAGCAGCCCAGUUCAGCCUGGUGAUGAGCUCCUACAAGUGCACACAACUGCCAUGCAAGGACUCACUCGUUUUGAGGCAUGGAACGUAAUCAAGGCAUUACCUGAUGGGCCCAUCACAGCCAUCAUCAAGAGGAAGAACGGCAGCUCUGUUUCCAGCAACUCAUCCAAAACUUUGUAAGAGGAGGGAUUAGACUACUGCCAAUAUUCAAACAAAGGAUUUUAUUACUUGCAGGCACUUGGCUGGCACAGCAAGAUACUCAGAAAGCAUCCACAAGGACUACACUGGAUCUUACUGCCAGUUACAAAAAAAGCUGUCUGGGAUUAACUAAAACGUGCAGGAAAUGGGCAUGAGUCUUAUUUCAACCUUCAGAAUCAGAUGUUAAAAAGUGUAUAAUUAUAAAAUAAUGGCUUUGUUAAUAAUAUAGUGGUUGUAAUAAAAUACAUGACAGCUAUA